AAUCAUCUAGGCAGCUUCUCCUCUGAUCACGAGCUGGAUUUACAAUUCCGAGCAGCUGCUUUAAAAAAAUAACUUGGAGCGAACGAAACGGUCGCCAUGGGGCAACACGGCGCCAAGACUGUCGUGUUCCUUAUUAGUUUUAAGGUGAGGAGGAAGCAAGCAAGGUGAACAUUCGCGUCAGACAAAACAACUGAACUACAAGACAGAAAUGAGUUUGAGGGGCUGAGAAGAUGUUGAGACGGACUCUAUCUCGUAUUUCUGGAGAGAGGAAUAAGGGACGCGCUGAUCAACCACAGGCGACACAGAUUCAUGGCUCAACUGUCCCCAACUUCUGUUAUAACAAGGCAGCUGGAAUGACUCGCUUUUUACAAGUAUGGGAAAUACCAGUACAACGAAAAGAUACAAUAUAUCCAAGCAUAUAGCCUACCCUUUCACUUUAAUAGACUCGGUCCGUUCUGAAGUUGUUCUAUUUACUUCCUCAGGUACCUUGAAUAACUUUACUAACCAAACCUCGGAGAACAAGUUGUUCCGGGAUGACAGAAAAUAUCGCCUUUCUGACGAACAGCACAGAAUUGGGGCACGUCGGUCGCGCGUUGGGUUCGAGCGCGCGUCCCGCCUGGGCAAUAGCGGUGCUGGCCAGCGUGCUGAUCUUCACCACUGUGGUGGAUGUUUUGGGUAACCUGUUAGUCAUCAUUUCGGUGUUCAGAAAUCGGAAACUGAGAAAUGCUGGCAACGUGUUUGUUGUCAGUCUGGCCUUCGCUGACCUGGUGGUGGCUUUCUAUCCGUACCCGCUGGUGUUGUACGCGAUCUUCCACGACGGCUGGGCUCUGGGGGACACCCAGUGUAAAGUCAGCGGCUUCCUAAUGGGCCUGAGCGUGAUCGGCUCCGUUUUCAACAUCACCGGCAUCGCCAUCAACCGGUACUGCUACAUCUGUCACAGUUUUGCCUACGGGCGUUUCUACAGCUACCGGAACACGCUGCUGUUAGUGGCCCUGAUCUGGGCGCUCACUGUGCUGGCCAUUCUUCCCAACUUCUUCGUGGGGUCGCUGAGUUACGACCCUCGUGUUUACUCCUGCACCUUCACGCAGACCGCCAGUAGCUCCUACACUGUGGUCGUGGUGGUGGUUCACUUCCUGGUGCCCAUCGGCGUGGUGACCUUCUGCUACCUGAGGAUUUGGGUCCUGGUGAUUCAGGUGAGGCGGAAGGUGAAGAGCGAGGAACGCUCCAGGGUGAGACCCAGCGACCUGCGCAACUUCGUCACCAUGUUCGUGGUGUUCGUUUUGUUCGCGAUCUGCUGGGCUCCGCUCAAUCUCAUCGGACUGGUGGUGGCCAUCGACCCAGAGGUCAUGGCUCCACGUGUUCCAGAGUGGCUCUUUGUGGUCAGCUACUUUAUGGCCUAUUUCAACAGUUGCCUCAACGCCAUCAUUUACGGACUCCUCAAUCGGAACUUCCGAAAGGAGUAUAUGCGGAUCAUGACGGCGAUGUGGAUUCCUCGGAGGUUCGCGACUGAGACCUCCAGGGCCGCCACAGAUGGGAUAAGGAGCAAACCCUCGCCGGCAAUCAAUAACAACGAGUGACUUUUGUUUUCAGCCAAUCACUGUUCAAAAAAAACCAAAAACAUCAUGGAUGCAUGAAGCAAAUUUAUACACUUGGAACUGUGAACACUUGACUUUAUUUGACGCUAAAACCAUUAUACACAACUCAGGGUGCUUGUUUUAUUUUUGCUGUUGUGAUCCAUUCCAACACACUACUAUGAAGAAAUAUUUAACUCACAAUUUAUAUUAAAUAUAUUCAAUGAAGUACCUUUUAUUUUGUGUAUAUAUGGACUAUUUACUGGAGAUAUUUUGUACAAUUUUGUGGGUCUGUUGUAUAUAUGUUGUAUAAAUCAGUAUGCUUCACAUAUUUAUCAAUUCAAAAAUUCUGCCUUACUCUUGAACUUUCACAUGAAAUACAGAAAAAAAAAAAAUGAUUCAAGGUGCCAAACGUUAAUACAUUGCCGGCAAGUAUCUGAUAUACCAAAUCCGUUUGUCUUAUCGAACCAGAUGAGAUUCUGAGAGCAUCAUAAUUUAAAUGUAACACCAACAGCUCUUUAAUGAGCGAAGAGCUUCCAGCACAGCAAGAUAAAGCACAAACUUCAAAAAAAGCACCUCAUGCGGAUUCAGCCAAGAGAAAUUGAGCUUUUUCAAAGAGAACGAUGACAGCGUGCGGUCAGUCCGUCUUCACUUUCAAUUUGUGUUCACCUCUUAUCUUUCGAACAUUAAAUGUCAUUCAUGACUUUGGGGUUAUUACUUUGCCAGGAAAUGUGCAUGACUCUGAACCCAUAUAUUUUCUUCAACAAAUGAUCUGGGAGCAAAACGUUACCGGAAUUUGUAUUAAAAGACGGGUAAAAAGGGAAAGUAUUAACAAGACUUUGUUUGAAUGUAUUAUCGUUUUUUCUCUGUGCUUGUUUUUUUUACUUGAUUUUACAAUGUGCGUUUUAAUCCUCCCCAUAUUACGAGACGUUCCAUCCAGUGGGAUUGUGCUGUGUGAGAACAUGCUCAACCAUUGACCUGAAUAAAAGAAAGCAACCAAACUGAUGA